CUUGCCGUAGUUGUCAGCUCUGGCCCGCCUUUUAAGCCAACACGGUUAAAGUGUAAAUUAAAAAGUGAAUACGGACGGAUACUCGUGGCUGGUGUUGUCUAGUUUGCCUUUGCAGAUACACGUUGCAGCAGCCUUUCAAUAACUCCGUUUAAGUAACUGAGCUGCAGCGCAAGUGUAUCGCAAUGUAGUGCCCCACGCCUCUGUGGCAGCUAAUCAUGCUGCGUGCGUGGGCUGUUUGCACAACCGAUUAAAGUGUGCAGAGGAGUAACGUGCAGCAAGAAGCUAAGGCGCACUAACGGACUCCUCCGCCCUCGGCGUUCGCUAUUAGUACCGAACUACAUUUCCCACAAUGCAUCUGGUCACUCAGCUGAAAAAAGGGUCAUCUGACCGAGCUGUCGGCUCUAAGUGACUGAGACAGAACCCGCGAGGAACGACGGAAAGAUGACUUCCUCCGUGAAACGACCAUUGACGGGUCUGGUUGCAGCUACCUUUACCCCACUCACCCCUCAUGGGGAGGUGGACGUGUCUGUGAUCGGCCCAUAUGUGGACUAUCUGGUGAACAAGCAAGGCAUCAAGCACGUUUUCGUGAAUGGGAGCACCGGAGAAGGAAUGUCGCUCAGCGUGAACGAGAGGAAGGCACUGGCGGCAGAAUGGUGUCGCCAAAGCAAAAAUAAGUUGGAGCAGGUGAUCAUCCACGUCGGAUGCUUGAGCGUCUCGGAUUCAAAGGAGCUGGCCAGACACGCUGCCGAGAUUGGGGCUGAUGGAAUUUCAUUAAUUGCCCCGUCCUUCUUCAAGCCGUCUAGCCGAGAUUGCCUGGUGCAGUUUCUGAAAGAAGUGACUUCCGCAGCCCCCCAUCUGCCCUUCUACUAUUACCACCUGCCAGCCCUGACUGGAGUCCACAUUCCGGCCGCCAGCGUCCUGGAUGGAAUACAGAAGUCCAUUCCCUCAUUCCAGGGCCUCAAGUUCAGUGACAAGGACUUGCUGGACUUUGGCUUAUGUGUCUACAAGAGCCCAAAGUCUUGGCCCAUGCUUUAUGGAGUGGAUGAGCAACUUUUGGCUGGCCUGGCCCUGGGGGCACAUGGUGCCAUUGGCAGCACCUACAACUACUUGGGAACGACUUUUAAUGAGAUCCUGGAUACGUUUGCAAAGGGAGACCUUGCCGGCGCCCAGAUCCUCCAGUUUAAAGUUCAGGAUGUUAUGGGUUUCGCCAUGCAGCAUGGUUUCAACCUGUCCCUCAGCAAGCGUCUGAUGUGUCUGCUGUCUGGCCUGCCCCUUGGCCCUGCACGCCUCCCCCUGGCUCCCUGCUCCGAGGAGGAUGCUAGGCUUGUUCAGGCUAAGAUCCAGGAAACUCUGGGGCCUCAAUGACACCCUGGAGGGCACAGCAGGGGUGUGGGCUUGGACUGUCUGUUUAGGGACUCUCAGUGCUGCGGGUGGAUCUGACUUUAUGUGCCUUGGAGCCGGCUGCUCUCUGUUCCUUGCAAUAAAUGUUUUUG